GUUCUGUCUCUUUUGUUUGUUCGUAGGUGAUCAAUCACAAGGCUCCUCGAGAAGAAGAAGAUCUCAAAUCCGAUUAAAUGGAUCGUUUCAGCAGAAAAUGUCUUCUGUUUCUUCUAUUGAUCAUACUUUUAGAUUCUCCAUUAACAUGCCACAGUUGGGGAUGGUUCUCUUCUUCUUCUUCCUCAGCAGAAGAUCCAUACUCUUCUUCUUUUUCUCGGUCUCGCAAAUCCAACCCCGACUUCUCCAUGGAAGUUUUCAGUGAUCAGAAGGCGGUUCAAGUCCUUGAAAACAAGCUUGUUGGUCUAACCAGUUGCUGGCAAAAUGCUUAUAGUUACCUCUUGGCUGGCUGCAAAGAAACGAUUGCUACAGAAGAAAAGAGAAAGAGAUUUGCUUGGUAUUUGAGCGAUUGCUUCAUCAAAGACUCGGGAAGACCGGCGUUUCCAACCUGUAAAGAUGAAUCAGUAAUGAUGAGUUGCCUCAAGAAGCUUGAUGAUCAUGAGCAUAAGAUCUAUCUCGAUUUCUUGCUUGAAACCAACACCAUCUGCCAACAAUUACAGAGUAAUGCGUUCAAAAAUGAGAUAGAGAGGCUUGUGAAUGAGCUCAAGAAUACAGCUCAGUAUACAGAAGAUAAAUUGGAUAUCUUGGAGAGUAAAUCUGAUGCUUUAAUACAGACCUCAAGCAUGAUUCAUGAUUCUUUAGGGUCACUAGAUGUUCGGGUUCAAAACGUGGCUAGUGUGACAAACACCUUAGAAACUAGUGUGAGUGGAUUAUCUCAACAAACAGUAGAAAUCUCUCAAGAACAGAAGAACAUUGCAGAAUCACAGCUAGCUCUCAGGGACGGUCAAGUAAAGAUGAAAGAAACGUUGAAAGAUGGAAUGGACAUGUUCCUCGAUGCGUAUACUAACAUCCAAGAAGGAGUAGAUAAGUUGAAGAGUGAUACAGAGCAGAUUGAGGUGGAAAUAAGUGUACUUGGAAAUAACCUAUCAACCAAAAUGAUAGAUUUGCAGAGUACAACCGAUGACAUCGGAACAAAGACUCGUAGUUCGUUGGAUAAACAACAGAAGCUUUUAGACGGCCAAACCGUGGCUCUUGACGGUAUUCAGUUUCUUACCCGGUUUCAGUCUGAGGCACUGCAAGAGAGUAGGAAUACAUUGCAACGUUUGAAAGAAUUUAGUCAGGAGCAACAAGAAGAUCUUGCAAAGCGGCAAGAAAAGCUUCAGGAGGUUCAUGAUCACUUGUUUGAAAAUUCAAAAUCAAUGUUGGAAGCCCAGGUCAGUCCUCCCAAAUCUUAACAAAUAUUCAAAAGCUGUACAAGCAAAUGUCACAUAAAAUCAAUAUAUAACAAUCUGUUUUUGCAGGUAGCGUUUGAGGCUAAACAAGCAAACAUGUUUGUAGCUUUGGAUAAGCUGUUUGCUUUGCACAAUGCGAUGCUUCUCGAGUCGCGAGUGAUAAAAGCCUUUGUCAUCUACUUCUUGUCAAUCUUUGUCAUCUACAUGUUUACAAGCACAAAACAAACUUAUAUCAUAAGGCCAAGGCUUUACAUUGGUAAGUGACCAUAUUCCAAAAUCCCUAUUUCACACAAUAUUCGUAACACUAGAUUCCAUUAGUUUAACAAACAUUUUCCUUUAUACAAACGCAGGUUUGUGCGUUACUCUGGCAUUAGAAGUGGCGAGUUUACGAUACGUGAAUGAUACAGAACGCCAAGCAUGGAUGAUAAACCUUAUCAGGUCUUUAUUUGCUCUUCUUGCUUCAGCUCAGCUUCUACAUGCUGCUUUGUCAUACAGGUAUAACCAAAAUAUACUAUAAUGUUUUGAUUAACCAAAACAAACUCAGAAAAUGAUGAACAAUUGAACAUAUAUCCUCUCUUGUCUAAAAAUGCAGGGACUAUGAAGUACUAAACCAUCAAAUCUUGCUAAGAUUAGUUGAUAAAGUGAAUGACAUGCAAAGCAAGAAAGAGCUCUCGUACGAUGAAGAUACAGAGAGCGAGGUAGAUUGGACAUCUUGGGUUGAUACAGAUUUAACUGAUGAUGAUGACAAUCUUGCAGAUCCUGAUUACAAAAUCCCACUACUGAUCAAAGACAAUCCGGUUACUACUUCAUCAUUGACUAGAAGAUUGUAUAAUUUCCGUCCACGAUAGCCACCAAAGUUUUUCACUCAAAGUCGAAACUACAUUAGUCAUAUAUGUAUCUUAGGGAAACUUCACAUUGUAUCUGGAUCAAAACUAUAAUUAUAUGCUAUAGUUUUUGC